UUUUGGCUACAUAUUCCCACGCAAGAUUUUUGUUUUCAUUUUCCCCAAAAUAUUCCUCGGUGCAAAACCAUACUUCCAAAAUUCCAAACUCAAAAACCGCCAUCUAUCUGUCUCUCUGGGAUCACAAUCCUUUUCUCUCUCUUUCUUCUUUUUCUUUUCUGUGAAGCUUUUCCAUCUCAUUCUAGACGAGGCCCACAAAUUUUGACCCUCAAUCCAAACACUCUGAUUCACCGGAAUGUGAAUGAGAGUGAGAUGAACACUUGGCAGUUCUGGUUCUUACCCUCUUUCCCUUCCUAGUGUCAAGCAGAGUCUUCAUGGCAGCAAAGCGCGUGUACCAAGUUUGGAAAGGAAGUAAUAAAUUCAUAUUUGGAGGGCGGUUGAUAUUUGGGCCUGAUGCUAGGUCACUGCUUGUCACCUUGUUGCUGAUUAUUGUUCCAGUUAUCAUCUUUUGUGUAUUUGUAGCGUGGCAUCUUCGGCAUGAAUUCUCUUCAUAUAAUUCAGGCUAUGCUAUUUUAGCAGUGGCAAUUCUCUUUACUAUUCAUGUCCUGGUGCUUCUCUGUCUUACUUCCUCGCGUGAUCCGGGCAUCAUUCCAAGGAAUUCACAUCCACCAGAGGAAGAGUUUCGUUAUGACUCUUCAGUUUCUGUUGAUGUUGGGGGAGUCGGAAGGCAAACACCAAGCCUUCAGUUCCCUCGAACGAAAGAUGUAAUGGUCAAUGGUGUUACUAUAAGGGUGAAAUAUUGUGAAACUUGUAUGCUGUAUCGUCCUCCUCGUUGCUCACAUUGCUCCAUUUGCAACAACUGUGUUGAGCGAUUUGAUCACCAUUGUCCUUGGGUGGGCCAAUGCAUUGGUCUGAGGAACUACCGUUACUUCUUUAUGUUUGUUUCUUCAGCAACUCUUCUGUGCAUCUAUGUGUUUUCCCUGUCAGCUUUUUACAUCAAGGUUCUGAUGGAUGAUUAUGACGGCACAGUUUGGAAGGCAAUGAAAGAAUCCCCUGCAUCUGUGAUACUAAUGGCUUAUUGUUUCAUAUCUCUGUGGUUUGUUGGUGGACUGACUGGUUUUCAUUUGUACCUUAUAGGCACAAACCAGACUACCUAUGAGAACUUCCGGUACAGAGCUGACGGCAGGAUCAAUGUUUUUAAUCGUGGUUGUUUAAAUAAUUUUCUGGAAGUGUUUUGCACAAAAGUAAAGCCCUCAAGGAACAAUUUCAGGGCCUUUUUUCAAGAAGAGGUGCAGAGGCCGAUGGCUCCAGUCAUUGCUCGAGAACGUGAACCAGAUGAGUUGGGUGGGGAUCGCCGUCCUAAGGUUGAAGAUGAUCUAGAUAUUGGUGAAGACUUAUUGAAGAUAUCACAGCGUAGGAAUAUUGAAGAACUUGACGAGGACAUUCGGAGCAGAGGGAGCAAUGGACAACCCCAUACAUCUGAACCGGACUCAAUUAUGUCCUCAGAUCAUAGAGCUCCCACAAUUCGAUCCGAUGCUAGGCACUCAAGCUGGGAAAGGAGUGGAAGCUGGGAAAUUGCUCAAGAGGUCCUUGCCAAUUCGAAUAUCACUGAAAGCAGAAACUAUGUCACUUCAAAGGAAAUGCGCCAAUGAGGGUUGUGGUUUGUCUUUAUGAUAUUCUUAUGGCAUCAAACAUAGAUGCUGUGGAAGUGGAAAAGGAAAUGCUCCUUGGUAAAGAUUUUUCCACUAUACAAAUGGGAGUUGAAUUGGUUGGAACUUUUGGUAUAAAAACUUAGUUUACCUUUUUGUGAUAAUCCUAGCUCUUUGGGAAGGCAUAGAAAUGUGUGUUUGUAAUUGUUUGAGACGAAGGAAGUGUCUUGAUUUUAUUUUUAUUUUUAUUUUAAUUUUUUUAACAGUGGAAUAUGUGAAUCUCAUCUUUAUUUGGCAUUUUAUUCUUUUGUGUAAAUAACCAGUUGUGAUACUGAAAAAGCCUCCCUAUAUACUGCGUUUUAGGCACUGUGAAA